GGGCUGAGCAGGGACCGGGGAGGAGAGGAGCCGGCAGCCCGGGAUGCUGCGGGGAGCUUGGCGCACGGGGUACCCCUGCCGUGCACUCCGGAGGUGGGUGUAGGGGAGCCCCUCUGCCCCCGGGUCUUCUGCACCCCCCCCAGGAACCUCAGGGCAGGGUGUGGGGUUCCCCCUUUUCCUCCCCAAAGCUGUGCACCCAGUACCUGGGAGCAGAGGCACCGCGCACGGCAGCAUCCGCAGCAGGCGCUGGGCUCCUGCUCACAGCCGACCCCGGAGCUUUUGGUAACCGCCCCCCUCCUGCACCCCAAAAAAGAGCCGGGAGUCCCCCAGCCGCCUGCACCCAGCCCAGGGCACUUCAGUGGCCUCCGAGCACACGGCAGCAGCUCACGCUCUGGCUGCAGAGAGCUGCCAGCAGCGGGAAACCCCUCCGUGCUCCCCCCACCCCGCCGCCUGAGGGUCCUGAGCAUCUUCAGCUCGACGGGCACAGGGAUGCUCAGCGGCGGGGACAGGGCACAUGGGCAUCCCAGGGAGAGUGUCACCUCCCCAGUCCUGCCCCAGCCGCCCCCAGCACACAGCCCAUGGAUGGGGACACCCCCCCGGGACGUCAGCCAGCCCUGCUGUCCGCCUGGAUUCCCCCAGCCCUGCCCCGAUCCCACGGGCAUCCCAGCCGGGGCUUGCCCCAGCAGCCUGCCACCAGCACCCCGGCACACCUGGGAGGCGCAGGGCCACGAGCCCAGAGCGACAGGGUGCUUAGGGCUGGGCUGCAGGCAAGGGAUGAAGGCUUUCCUCCUCUGCGUAUUUCUAAUGGCUCCUCCGAGACCAGCCCCACGACUCCCCGCCGGGAAGCCUCGCUGAGCUGUGGACCAGCCCCUGCUCUGCUGAUCAUGGUCAACAAGACCUUAACCUACUGGGGUCCCGGCUUCGAGGAGGACGUUAUCAACAUCAACGUCGGGGGGCUGAGGCGGCGGCUCAGCUCCAGCGCCCUCUCCAAGUUCCCUGACACCCGCCUGGGGCGCCUGCUCUCCUGCGACUCGGAGGAGUCCAUCCUGCAGCUCUGCGAUGACUACGACGUGAGCGCCAGGGAGUUCUACUUCGACCGAAACCCCGGCUUCUUCCUCUACGUGCUCCACUUCUACCAGACGGGGAAGCUGCAUGUCAUGGAGGAGCUCUGCGUCUUCUCCUUCUGCCAGGAGAUCGAGUACUGGGGCAUCAACGAGUUCUUCCUGGACUCCUGCUGCAGCUACCGCUACCAUGAGCGCAAGCUGGAGGGCCGGCACCACAACUGGGACGAGGAGAGCGAGGUAAGCAGCGUGGACACGUCUCCGGACGAGAUCUCCGACAUCAACCACGAGCUGCUGCGCUACAGCACACUGCGCUGCGGCAACGCGCGCAAGCGCCUCUGGCUCACCAUGGAGAACCCCGGCUACUCCAUCCCCAGCAAACUCUUCAGCUUCGUGUCCAUCAGCGUGGUGCUGGUCUCCAUCGCCACCAUGUGCAUCCACAGCAUGCCCGAGUACCAGGACGCGGACGAGGCCGGCAACGUGCUCAACGAAGCCGUCCUGCACAAACUGGAGUAUUUCUGCAUCUCCUGGUUCACCUUCGAGGUGUCCUCCCGCCUCCUGCUCUCCCCCAACCCCAAGAAGUUCUUCAAGCACCCCCUGAACCUGAUCGACAUCGUCUCGGUGCUGCCCUUCUACUUCACUCUCUUGGUGGACCUGACCAUGGGCAGCGACUCGGAGCUGGGCAACCUGGGCAAGGUGGUGCAGGUCUUUCGGCUCAUGAGGAUAUUCCGGGUGCUGAAGCUGGCUCGGCACUCCACAGGGCUGAGGUCCCUGGGGGCCACCUUGAAGCACAGCUACCGGGAGGUGGGCAUCCUGCUGCUCUACCUGGCCGUGGGGGUCUCCGUCUUCUCUGGCGUGGCCUACACCGCGGAGAAGGAGGAGGAUGUCGGCUUCGACACCAUCCCGGCGUGCUGGUGGUGGGGCACAGUCAGCAUGACCACGGUGGGCUACGGCGACGUGGUGCCCGUCACUGUGGCGGGCAAGCUGGCUGCCUCGGGCUGCAUCCUGGGGGGCAUCCUGGUGGUGGCACUGCCCAUCACCAUCAUCUUCAACAAGUUCUCCCACUUCUACCGCAAGCAGAAGGCGCUGGAGGCCGCCGUGAGGAACAGCGAGAAGAAAGACCCCGAGGACACGGAGAGCUGCUCCAGCCACGACCGGGACUCGGAGGCUCUGAGCGAAACCUCCCUGGGCAGAGGCAGCCCCGACCGCCGUGGUCUGACCCCCGGCGGCCUGCCUGCCCCCUGAGCCCCCCGGGACGUGGCGGAGGGGCCGGGCUUCCCCGUCUCCCAGCCCCACACAGGGGACAGGAGGGGCUGGGGACGGUGCCCACCGGCUGCUGCCAGCCCCAGGGCGGUGGGAGGCAGCAGCUGGGGCAGUUUGGAUGCGUCUCAGCUGGACAUACCCCAGCCAGGGGACAGGAAGGGAGAGGGGAGAAAAGAAAUGUGGGUGACCCCAAACAGGCGCUGCCCUGGGUGCGUGAAGGGUGGUUUUCCUCUGCCCUAAAGUUGUGCAUCAUCUAGGGCAUGGUGAAAAAGCUUGGGGUGAGAUGUACCCCACGCAGGUCGGUGCCAGCGCUGGUCCCAGCCUCUCCCUGCCUGUGUGUCCUCGGCUGGGAAAGGCCUCAGACAGCCCAGCAGGCUGCGGGAAGGGGACGGAGCAAAGUGAGCCUCGGAGGAGCUGCGGUGCCCGGCUUGGGUGAGCCUCACUGCCCCCAGCCCCUGCGGCAGGACCGGCUGCAGGAGGUGGGCUUUCACCGCUCCUUCCUUGCUCCAUCCCUACCCGUGGGGCUCCUGCACCAUGGAGCGUCCGUUCCAGAGAUGUUACUGCUGCUGCUGCUGCUGCUGCUGCUGCUGCUGGCACCCGGCCCACGCAGCAGAGAAGAGGCAGAGUGCCUGCAAAGGGCUGCCGGGGAGCAGACACAAGGGAUGCUCCUGGGCACCGAGAAGCUGCCUUGGCCACUGCCGUGUGCCCCUGGUUUCCAGUGCUGGAGGAGCUGCCGCCCUGGGGUGAUGAAUGAAGCUUGAGAGAUCUGACACGUGCCCUGCUCCCCAGCCUCACCCCGCUGCCUCGUCCCCCUGCCCUGGUGCCAGGCAGGGGCAGCAGCGGUGCCAGGAGCCGGGGGGCAUCGCCCCCAUGCCCACAGGGAGCUGAGCCCCCCGGGGCUCCCCUUUGCAGAGGAGGCAGCCCCGGCAGGACAGAGGAGACCUCGUGCUGCUCCUUGUCACCUCCCUGCCUGAGCCCCUCCCAGGGGCACGCAGGGCACCCCCGUCCCAUCCACACCCUGAUUCAGCUGCACACGUUCAGGGCUGCUCCUGGCACAGCACUAAUUCCCUACAGAGCUUUUCCUUGACCCCCCAGUUCUCUGUCUGGAAAUCGUGCGGCAGUUCUGUGCACACAGGAAUGUGCCCAGCAAGCCCCAAACUACUCCGAUGGCUACAGGACGGCCCCAGCCACCCGCAUCGCAGUGCUUGUCACCGGCCGUCCUGGCUGGCGUUCAGGGCACCGCGUGGGGGACACCGCGGUUGGUGACAGCUCUGCCACAGCGACCUGCUGACCACGGGGAUAAAAGACAAAACCGUGUGGGUCCAGCCGCCCUGAACUCAGGUGGGACCAGGGCAUCCCCGGGGAGCAGCAGGGGGUGCAGGUGCCCACGCUCCUGGCGCCAUCGAGUCUUCCAGUACGGCCGUGCCGUGGUCUGUCCCGCACUCACCGCCCGCCCCGGACCAGCUCCUGCUGCACCGUUACUUGAACAAAGGAAGGAGUUUCCCUUUCUCUCCAUAAAUACCCCAGUAGCAAAAUGUACGAAAAAAAAAUGUGAAGACUAAAUUACAUGUAUUAACUAAGAAGCAUUAUGCAAAUAAUUAAAAGAGCAUGUAAAUUAAUUUUCUAUCUAUGCAUGGGAUGCAUACGGUAUAUUUUAUUAAAGAUCUGAGUGACCCACCUCGGCGGCUGGCUCUGUUUCGUGCCCCGUUAAUCCAUGGGUUUGGGGCAGGGGCAGACAGAAAGUGGGAACAACCCCCAGGAGCUGCCAGGCCGUUUGCAGAGCGAUUCCUG